UUCCUUGUUUCUUUCCGCGGUACCGGGGCUGCAUCACGAGUACGCCAUUGUCGGCUUCGAGUGCGUGUAGCGGCGGUUCUCUAUUCCCCGAACCCGUCAACUGGAACUUUGGAAAGCCGUCGCACCGCUUGACAGGUGGAGCGGCGGCUCCCAGCGUCGCCCAUGGCGUCGGGCGAGGAGAUGAUGUCCGCUUCGCCUGGGCCGCAGUCCCAAGGCGGCCCGCCUCCUCAGCAGGGCGGCCCGCACCCGAAUGACGGUCACAUGCAACAGGGAUACCCUUCCGAUAACAUUCACAUGCUGCAAAGGGCCAUCAACAACAUGGAAUCGGAGAAGGGCAUGGCUCCAGACGAUCCCCGUUACCCCCAGAUGCUGGGCAUGGGGGGCAGCCGAGGGGGAAAGCCACCUGGAGGCGCUGCUGGAGGCAGUGGCGGCAGCUCGGGGGUCCCCAGCCCCAUCAUGGGACCGCCACCUGUCCCACCCCAGGGGGCGGGGCCUAUGGGAGGACCGUCUCCCCAUGAUGGACCACCACCACCGCACCAUGGUUACGGACCUCCACCACCUCAGGGUCCCCCACCACCACAGCACAUGGGGCCAGGUCCGGGUCCGCACGGCUACGGCAUGGGUCCACAGCAGACGGGAGGCUACGGAGCUGGUGGUGGCCCCUACCAGCAACAGCCGUACCCUCCUCCGCAGCAGGGAGGAGGAGCAGCUGCCGGCACAGCCCCUCCUCACCAGCCGGGACCACACCCGCACCAUCCACCGGUUGCUUCAGAGCCUCCUGACCCAGCCUCGCAGACAGGUUACAACAGCGGAGGAGGACCUGGCAGCGGGGGUCCGCCUUCCAACGGGUCCGCAGGCAGUGCACCUCCAGGUGCCGAGGGAGGCAGCAGUUCGGCUGGCGGCGGCUCGAAACCGUCGCUGCUGAGUCCCCCACAGUUGACGCAGUUGCGGGCCCAGAUCAUGGCGUACAAGCUUCUGGCACGCAACCAACCCGUGCCAGACCACAUCAGCAUGGCCGCCCAGGGCACGGGCUCCUCGCAGGGCACCCCGCAGGGCUCGCCUCAGCCGGGACCGCCGUACAUGCACAGGCCACCAGGAGCUCCAUCGCCUUCCAUGAGGCCGUCCCCCCAGCCGGCACCACCCAUGGGGGCGGGAGGCCCCCCGCAGCAGUACGGGCCCAGCAGCCAGGGCGCCGGUGCUGGAGGCCCAGCCGCCCUGGGUCCUCAGUACGGGCCCGUGGCACCGACUUCUGUGGCCGCAGUGCCACCGGGGGUGCCGCCCCCUCCUCCGCACGGCCAGCCCCCCCACCCCAUGAUGGGGUCCCAGGGGGGCGGAGCUCCGACGCCUCCACCCCAGGGGGCUGGGGCAGGGCCACCCGGGGGCGGGGUGCCCCUGCAGCAAGGCCCCCGGCCCGGUUGCCAAGCGCCACCGCAGAGUGCGAGGGGAAGUCCCGGAACAGGACCGCCGUCCUCUAUGCCGGCCAUGAUGCAGAUGCAGCAGCAGAAGCAAAACCGCAUCACACCCGUGGCCAAGCCCCAGGGCAUCGACCCCAUCGAGGUCCUGAAGGAGAAGGAGAACCGGCUGACGAGCCGCAUCGCCCAUCGCAUCGAGGAGCUCUCCAAGCUGCCUGCCAACCUGCCCGAGGACUUGCGCAUCAAGGCCAUGAUCGAGCUGCGCGCCCUGCGGCUGCUCAACUUCCAGCGGCAGCUGCGCGCCGAGGUGGUGCAGUGCAUGCGCCGGGACACCACCCUCGAGACCUCGCUCAACCCCAAGCUGUACAAGCGGACCAAGCGGCAGAGCCUCCGCGAGGCCCGCCUCACCGAGAAGCUCGAGAAGCAGCAGAAGCUGGAGCAGGAGCGCAAGCGCCGCCAGAAGCACCAGGAGUACCUGGCGGCCGUGCUGCAGCACGGCAAGGACUUCCGCGAGUUCCACCGCGGGGUCCAGGCCAAGGUGGCCAAGGUGAACAAGGCGGUGGCCACGUACCACGCCAACACGGAGCGCGAGCAGAAGAAGGAGCAGGAGCGUGUCGAGAAGGAGCGUAUGCGGCGCCUCAUGGCCGAGGACGAGGAAGGAUACCGCAAGCUCAUCGACCAGAAGAAGGACCGCCGGCUGGCCUUUCUGCUCUCGCAGACGGACGAGUACAUUCACAACCUCACCGAGAUGGUGCGCCAGCACAAGGCCGAGCAGCGACGGAAGCUGCGCGAGAAGAAGAAGAAAAAGAAGAAGAAGCAGCCGCAGCCGGGCCAGCAGGGGCAACAGGAAGGGAGCGCCGGGAGUGGCGCUGGGGCUGGCAGUGGGGAAGGCGGCCCGCCGGGGUCGUCGGACGCAGCGAUGGAUGCGAUGGAUGAAAGCUCACAGCACAGUGACCUCAGGGUCAACGUCAUCGAGACAGCAACUGGCAAGGUCAUUGAAGGCAAAGAUGCUCCACUGGCGAGCCAGCUUGAUGCAUGGCUCGAAAUGCACCCUGGAUUUGAAGUGGCACCGAGAGAAGCCAGUGAUGACGAGGAGGAAGGUGAAACCGAUGACUCAACGGAGUCCGAGGAUGAGGGUGACGACAAUUCCCAGCAACCCCUACUGCAGCAGCAGCAGCAGCAGCAACAGCAGCAGCAGCAGCAGCAGCAGCCUGUCAGCACUCCGAACAAGAUGGAGGGCUCGCCCGACGACCACGUCAAGAAUGUGAUUCAGGCCGCAGCUGCCGAGGAUGACGAGUACAAGGCGGGUGGCUACCAGAACUACUACAACAUAGCGCACGCCAUCCGAGAGGAGGUGCACGAGCAGGCCAGCCUUAUGGUCAACGGGUCACUCAAGGAGUACCAGGUCAAGGGGCUCGAGUGGCUCGUCUCCCUCUACAACAACAACCUCAACGGCAUCCUGGCCGACGAGAUGGGUCUCGGCAAGACCAUUCAGACAAUUGCUGUCAUCACAUACCUCAUGGAGAAGAAGCGCAUUAAUGGACCCUAUCUCAUCAUUGUACCACUUUCGACACUGUCCAACUGGAUGCUCGAGUUUGACCGGUGGGCGCCGUCUGUGGUCAAAGUGGCAUACAAGGGUUCACCUAACCUGCGGCGGCAGCUGUCGCAGCAGCUGCGCAGCAGUAAGUUCAACGUGCUCAUCACCACCUACGAGUACGUCAUCAAGGACAAGGCGGUGCUGGCCAAGCUCCGCUGGAAGUACAUGAUUAUCGACGAGGGUCACCGCAUGAAGAAUCACCACUGCAAGCUGACUCAGAUCCUCAACACGCACUACAGCGCGCCGCACCGCCUGUUGCUGACGGGCACACCAUUGCAGAACAAACUGCCUGAACUGUGGGCCCUGCUGAACUUCUUAUUGCCGAGCAUCUUCAAGAGUUGCAACACGUUUGAACAGUGGUUCAACGCUCCCUUUGCUACGACCGGUGAAAAGGUGGAGCUGAAUGAAGAGGAGACGAUCCUGAUCAUCCGACGUCUCCACAAGGUCCUGCGACCAUUCCUGCUGAGGCGACUCAAGAAAGAGGUCGAGUCGCAACUUCCCGAAAAGGUGGAGUACGUUGUGAAGUGCGACAUGUCAGCACUGCAGAGACUCCUGUACAGACACAUGCAAACGAAGGGUGUACUUCUUACCGAUGGAUCUGAAAAGGACAAGAAGGGCAAGGGUGGCACCAAGACGCUGAUGAACACCAUCAUGCAGCUGCGCAAGAUCUGCAACCACCCGUUCAUGUUCCAACACAUUGAGGAGGCUUACGCCGAGCACAUUGGUUGCACUGGGAGCAUUGUGCAAGGACCCGACCUGUACCGAGUGUCUGGCAAGUUUGAGCUGCUUGACCGGAUACUCCCCAAGCUGCGCUGCAAGCAGCACAGGGUGCUUCUCUUCUGUCAGAUGACCACCCUGAUGACCAUCAUGGAGGACUACCUCACCUACAGGGGGUACCGGUACCUGCGUCUCGACGGUACAACCAAGGCGGAAGACCGUGGUCAGUUGCUGGAAAUGUUCAAUGCCAAGGAGUCUCCCUACUUCAUCUUCCUGCUGAGCACCCGGGCCGGUGGCCUGGGGCUCAACCUGCAGGCGGCAGACACGGUCAUCAUCUUCGACUCGGACUGGAAUCCACACCAGGACCUGCAAGCGCAAGAUCGAGCCCAUCGGAUUGGCCAAAAGAACGAGGUGCGGGUGCUGCGGCUCGUGACGGUCAACUCGGUGGAGGAGCGCAUCCUGGCAGCGGCCAAGUACAAACUCAACCUGGACGAGAAGGUCAUCCAGGCCGGCAUGUUUGACCAGAAGUCGACGGGCACCGAGCGCAAGCAGUUCCUCCAGGCGAUCCUCACCCAGGAUGAGAACGACGAGGAGGAAGAAAAUGAGGUGCCAGAUGAUGAAACCAUCAACGAAAUGAUUGCCAGAAACGAGGAAGAACUGGAGCUUUUCCAGAAAAUGGACAUCGACAGGAGAAGAGAGGAGGCACGCAGCGUCAAGAGAAAACCUCGGCUGAUGGAGGAAGACGAGCUCCCCAAGUGGCUGCUCAAGGACGACGCUGAGGUGGAGCGGCUAACCAAUGAGGAAGAGGAGGACAAGCUGUUCGGACGAGGAAACCGGCAGCGAAAGGAGAUCGACUACUCAGAUGCUCUCACCGACAAGGAGUGGCUUCGGGCCAUUGAAGAUGGGAACCUGGAUGAGAUGGAGACGCGCAAACGCUCCCGCAAGUCCGGUGGCAAUGGCGCCGCCUCGUCAAGCUCUGGCGGUGAGCGGGGCGGCAAACGCAAGAGCGGCCCCUCCCGGCAGAUGGUGGACGACGAACCUGUGGUAAAGAAGCGCCGCGGCCGGCCGCCCGUCGAGAAGGCCUCACCCAACCCGCCCUCCCUGACCAAGCAGAUGCGCAAGCUCAUUGACAUUGUCAUCAACUACAAGGACAGUGAUGGCCGUGUACUGAGUGAAGCCUUCCUGCAGCUGCCAUCUAAGAGGGAGCUUCCCGACUAUUACGAUGUCAUCAAGAAACCCGUUGAUCUGAAAAAAAUCAAGGCUCGCAUCCGUGAGCACCGGUACCGGACGCUGGACGACCUGGAGGACGACUUCAUGCUGCUCUGUGUCAACGCCCAGACGUACAACGUGGAGGGCUCGCUCAUCUACGAGGACUCCAUCGUGCUGCAGUCGGUGUUCACCAGCGCCCGCGAGCGGUUACAGAAGGACGGCGACCUGGCCCUGGGCACGGACGACCAGGACACCGACGAGGACGGUGCCGGACCGUCGGCCGAGCACGGCUCGGAGGAAAAGACGAAGAAGCGCAAGAGUCGCCAUGUGCGGCGGUACAUCAGCGACGAUGACGACACUGAAGAAAGUGACUAGUUGGCAGCGUGCCCCCCCCCCCCCCAUCACCCUUACUUCCACCUUUCAUUUGCACCACAUCAAUCGUGUCCAUCGAAUUUCACCCUGUGAUGCCAGAGAGAGAGUCUCCCCAUCAGUUCUGUUUCCUUGUACAUCAACUUUCUUCUUUUUCUUUUUUUUUCUGUUUUCUCGUCACGGCCUACUUCUGUUUGUUCAGAAACUUCUUUAAUGUUGUUUCUUGGCCUUUGUAUCAUGUUUCUAUCGCUUCUAAUGGGAAUAAACAGCUGCUACCAUCUCACAAAUUGAA